CAUACACUCAUCAUUAUAACAAUCCAACAUUAACAGAUGUGUCUCUCUCAGUACCCGCCAUAGCCGACAGAUUGGGAGAGCGAGAGAGAAACAGUGAGAGAGCUUCACAGGAGGACUGCAGUGUAAGUCAAAAGGUAAGCUGGCGAUCAGGAUCCUCGGUACCAAGGGAGCAUCUGUGUCUGGAUUUCGCAACAGCUUCAUCUUGGCAAGCUUCAUGUUGGUCGAAAGUAACCAAGUGAUGGACUGAGGGCAGGAUGGGUGGAAAGUAAACGUUGUCGCCUCCUUUGAACUUCAUGUGUAGGGUGAAGUGUGUGUGCGGCGUGUGUGCGUCGUGUGCAACGGGAACCCUGCGAUUCUAAAACAGGAGAGAAGAAACAGAACCACACAAAGAGAGAAAUGAAGUGAACGGAGUUUUAUUCUCAAAGCAUCCUAGAAUGUAAGAUAUCACAGGAUUCUGAAUUUUGUUGAAUGAUACCAUUGCAAUCAUGGGCCCUCAGGGUGGAGUCCUGCUGCUUCUUUUUCAGCUUCCCUGCUUACUUUCUGCUCAACUCAGCACUGUGUCUGGGCCUGAUCUCUCCAGCCUGGAUCUCACCCCAUCACCUUUUCCAACCGUCCAAAAUACAAGCAUCACAACAGGAGAGAGUUUGUACAACAGCAUCUUGGCUACCAGUCAAGGCCCGACUGUAAAAGUGAACGAGAACCAGUCUGCAGCGGAGACUUACCUCCACACUGGCGAGUCGUCAUCCCUGGCUGGAUCUACCUGCACUCAGACUUUCCAACUUCCCGUUCAGCAGGGAUCUCCACCGAGAGACCUUUUUCCAUUCGUGCACCAAGCCGUAGCAUCUCUCACCAACGCUGCCAACUUCCUCAACUUGAUAUUCCAAGCCAGCGAGUUGAGAGAAACAAGCGUACGAGAGGAUAUCGAAUGGUAUCACGCUCUGGUCCGGGCCUUGCUGGAAGGAGACAGGCCAGGCCUGGUCAGACGAGCUUUCCUGAUGUUCGAUGCUGACCCCACUAUCCAACAGCCCCAACUGGUGCUCCGAGCAUCUAAGGAUGCCACCCAGGACAUCCUCUUGCAGGACCUCACUUCUGUCUGGAGCAGCCUCCUUCCUCCUGCUCCUGACCAAAGCUGGUUUAAUUCCUUCAAAUCUGGCUCCCCACCUCUCCACGCUUUGUCUAAACGAAUUCUUUUAAAUGAUCUGAGUACCCUAGACACACCUAAGUGGGCCCGCGGCGAUAGUUAUGUGAUGAAUAGCAGUGGGUUUCAAUGGGGAGGUUCUCCUUUCCUCGAGUGCGUGGAUGGUCGGUUUUUACCAGGAUGGUUGAUCAGCCUCUCGAUGCCAUUUUACGGGCUGAAGCCAGAUCUCAGCCCGGAGUUCAGGGGUGUGAUCCGUGUGGACGUGAACAUCCAGGGAUUCAAUGUGGAUCAGUGUGCCAGUGGAGACUUGUGGUUUGCAAACACACACAAGUGUAAUCGUACCAGCAUGGAGUGUGUGCCAAUCCCACAACAGGGCUUCCGGAUGGGUCAAUACUGCUGCAGAUGUAAAAAGGGCUAUUAUAGCCCGGUUCCAGACAUACAAAGCAAAAUGGCAGGGGGGACAAGAGUGAAUGGUACCCAAGCGUGUUACCCAGAAAUCCCUGUGUGUCUGCCCUGUUGGCCCGGGUGUGAUCAGUGUGAGGAUGGAGCCCCGUGCUGGGUGCAGGAAGACUGGCUCCUGAGAUCAGGUGUACUGGCUGUGCAGGGACUCUUCAUGGUCCUCGUUCUCAUCAGCAUGCUGGUGGCGUAUCAGUGCAGAAGAACCAAACGGAUCCGAACGUCUGGUCUUUUGUUGCUUGAGAUGAUCCUUUGCGGUUCUCUGUUGCUUUACUUCCCGGUCUUCAUUCUCUGUUUCAAACCCAGUACGUUUCGUUGUAUUCUUCUUCGGUGGGUCCGUCUGCUUGGCUUCGCUGUUGUUUAUGGAACCAUGAUGCUAAAGAUGUACCGGGUUCUGAAGGUGUUCCUCUCACGCACAGCCCAGCGAGUGCCGUACAUCACCACCACAGGUGUGCUGAGGAUACUGGGAGUCAUUGUGCUUACUGUCAGCUGGUUUCUGUGUGCAUGGACAUUUGGCGUCCUUCAGAAUCGAGACCGGAAUGUUCCGUUACUGAUCAUAUCUACCACCUCAGAAGGACAAGGUUUCAAUCUGUGCGAUCUGGACCGGUGGGACUACAUGAUGGCUGUGGCGGAGCUGUUGUUUUUGUGCUGGGGAAGUUACCUGUGCAGUGCAGUAAAGACGGUUCCCUCAGCGUUUCAUGAACCACGAUACAUGACCAUCGCCAUCCACAAUGAGCUACUGCUAUCUUCCCUAUUUCAUCUACUCAGAUUUGUCCAGCCAUCGCUUCAUCCUGACUGGAUGCUCUUGUUGUUCUUCACUCACACGCAUGUAACAAUUUCCGUUACACUUGGCCUGCUUUUCAUACCUAAGUUUCUUUACAUGUCAAGGUCGCGCCGGGAUGUAAUAGCUGCAGAGGUUUAUGAGGAUGAGGUGGAACUGCGACGCUCAUGCUCAUAUAUAAACAGCAGUUUCACCUCCAACUACUGCAGCGACCACAGUCUGGACCCUGAUGACAUUCGGGAUGAGCUGAAGAAACUGUACGCUCAGCUGGAGGUCCACAAGACCAAGAGGAUAACAAAUAGUAACCCCCAUCUGCCGAAAAAGCGCAGCUCCCGCCUCAGUAUCGGACGGUCACUCAUUAAAAGAAUCACUGAGAUCCCAGAAAGCUUGAGCAGGCAAUGCAGCCGUGAAGAUAAGGAUAUUAAUUCCGCAAUUGGGACUGUCAGUCGAGCAGGAUCUUACUACAAAAGUCCUAAUACCACAAGCAUUAAUAGGACGAAUGAAUCGUUAACACAGCCCUCUCCAAAACUGCGGAAGUCCCAUAGCACAUGUGCCCCGAGGAGAGACUCGCUUUUGAACUCCUCUAUAAAAAGCACAGCAGACAAGAGGGCUUCACAACUUUCUGACGCAGGAUCUAUUAACACGACUUUGCUGGUCUGCAAGUCCGCAAGCGCGCAUAAUUUAAGCGCCGACACUAACCUUCUACUUCCAGAGCCCACCAGGUUUCAAAAGUCCCUCAGCGUCAUAGAACGCAACGGUCAUCGGUCUCUGACUCAAUGCAGAAGCAUUGAAAACAUGUCACUUUGUGCCAAAGCAGCUCCAGCAGAAAAGCAUCAGAAAAAUGUGGACGUCAACAUACAGAAGCAGACUUCAAGUGCCUUGCUCUCCGAGUCAUUUGACAAGGCGGAGGUCUGCCCGUGGGAGGUUCCAGAAGAGCAAACUUCCAACAAGAAUCAAAAACAUGUCACAUACUCCCUUGCAAACCAAGAAGAACCCAUAUCACCUGGUGCUCCAUCGUCACCAACGCUAUUAUAUGUCUGUCCGUGGGAGUUCCUGCCACCACCUAGUUCCCCUGUGACAGAAAAUGGGAAUGGAAUACAGACCGACGCCAAUUCCACAAAACCUACCCCUCCGAUCUCCGGUAGCGCUCCAGGGUCUCCAAAUACAUUUUUUGGCAAGCAGAAAGAGUUUCAAGUGUUUUCUUUCCGCAAUGCAACUCAGAGCCUCCUUGUGGCAAAGGGCAUAGGGGAGGCUGGAAGAUGUUUGAGCAGAGAGAAAAGCUUUCAAGAAAGUGAUGUUAAAGAGGGAACACUACAAAAAUCCCUGUCAACAUCAAUGAGAUUCUCCUUGGGAAGUGUAGCUUCAAACAAGCGCACCCCACAGCCGCAGAGACGGGCUAUGACAACCAUCGGAAUCAAACCUUGCCUUGUAAAACAAGCAGCAGUACGACUGCCAUCUACAGAUUCAAGUGAGCGGAGUCCCAAACACAGUGCUCCUGUUCACAUAUGUCCAUGGGAGUCAGAUGAGGUGAUCUUGGAGGUCAAAAAGCAAAAUGAAGAUGUUUUACAAAGACAAUACAGUGACAAGCAAGCAAUAUCUGGGACAAUAAGCAAGGACUGCUACAAAUCUUCUGGGUUCCAACCUAAAUCUUUCUUAACCAUUCCAAAUACAGAGGUGUGUCCGUGGGACGUCCCGAAACCUUUUCAUCAAACCAGCAUUUCUGAAGUCUGUCCUUGGGAGGUUGUGGAAGAAUUGCAAAUUAAGAGUGUACAAACUGACGUUUGUCCUUGGGAAAUAGAUUCGACCCCAUCAAAUUAUACUAAAGACAAUACAUGCAAUGACUUUGUUCAGAAGCAGACACAUGUAAAGCCUGAACAUGUAUGCCGUUCUUAUGUUCUGGACAUGAAUGAGUCUGAGGUUAGACAGGAAUACACCAGAAAUCCAAGAGACUCAAUAAAACCAGGUGAAAGGGUAAUUUAUGUUCAAGCAGAUGACGGUUCAGCAGACCAAGAAACAGCCGAGAGUGGUCCAUACUUCUCUGAAGCACAUACAACACAGAAACAAGAAUGUGAUUUUCCCGAACCACCUUCACCCAUAACUGACUCGAGUCUUUGGGAGUCAGAGCCAAAUACAAAAGACACUUCAAAUAGCUCUUUACAAGAGACUGUGACUCCAAACGUGUCCGAGUGUCUAUUGAAAGAGGAUGAGUUUGAUAAGUCUGGAGAGAUGGCAAGUGCCAAAGAACGAGAAAGUGUCCAUGAAGAUGUUUGUCCAUGGGAAACAAGUGAACCAGGGAAAACUCUGCAAAUGCAAGAAAGUGUCCGCACUGAAGUUUGUCCAUGGGAAGUAGAUGAACCUGUGAAAACCUUACAGAAGCAAGAAAGUGUCCGCACAGAAGUUUGUCCAUGGGAAGUAGAUGAACCUGUGAAAACCUUACAGAAGCAAGAAAGUGUCCGCACAGAAGUUUGUCCAUGGGAAGUAGAUGAACCUGUGAAAACCUUACAGAAGCAAGAAAGUGUUCGCACAGAAGUUUGUCCAUGGGAAGUAGAAGAACCUGUGAAAACCUUACAGAAGCAAGAAAGUGUUCGCACAGAAGUUUGUCCAUGGGAAGUAGAUGAACCAGUCAAGAACUUGCUGAAGCAAGAAAGUGUCCGCACAGAAGUGUGUCCAUGGGAAGUAGAUGAACCUGUGAAGACCUUACAGAAGCAAGAAAGUGUUUGUGUAGAUAUCUGUCCAUGGGAAACUGCAGUGCCAGUGAAAUCUCUGCAAAAACAAGAAAGUGUCCUUGCAGAAGUUUGUCCGUGGGGAACAAGUGAACCAGUGAAAACCUUACAGAAGCAAGAAAGUGUCCAUGAAGAUGUCUGUCCAUGGGAAACCGGUGAUCCAUGUAAGUCCUUGCAGAAACAAGAAAGCGUUUAUCCACACGUCCAUCCAUGGGACGCUAAACAAUCACUCAAAGAACCUGAAGGCCACAUUGAUGCCAGCACAUCAACAAGGCAAAACAGCAUUCAAGAAAAGGACAUGGAAACACCAGAAGACACCAGGAUUCCUACAGAGAUGGGAGGCAGAGGUGUGAUUCAGCCUGCAGAUGAAAGCACAGACCCCAAAGAUGAGAUGAGGGUUACCUCUCCACUGGCCCGUUGUGACCCAUUGUGCCCUUGGGACAUGGAAAGGUGCAGACAAGAAUCUAUACCAGUGCACGAUAAUAUGGAUGUGUUUACUUGGGAGGAGACUAUACUGGAGGAAGAUGAUGGUAAUGCAGAAAGUGCUGCAGAGGCCUUCAUCUUCCCUCCAGACAUGUGACACGUAAGGGCAGUUUCAUUGUGCUUCAAAUAUUGUGACUCAAAAAUAAAUGGUCUGAACAGGCUGACAAGGAACAUCCUUCUAACAUUCCAAUUUGAGGGUUUGACCUAUGGCAACUUUGAUUUUCAGCUUUGUAAGAGACAACAUCAAUGCAGAGCUCUCCACAAUGCACAUUCCCCUUUUGCCUUACACACCCUUUGUUUAAUAUGUUAUCAUUUUGUGUGUCUUUGUGUUGGUAAGGCUAUGUAGUUGUUUAUGCGUUAGUAGAACCACUUAGUACCACAGUUCUUACAGAUCACAAGUAACAUCCACAAUAAAAGAUAAAAGUACCACUUUACUGUACAUUACUGUCUACAUAAAAUGCGAGUGUCACCAAAUCCUAAAAUCAUUUAAAUGUUUUUUAAGUUUAGUAACAAUGACAUUUGUUACACGUUCUUUUCGUUUUAAAAAUAGUGUUUUACAUCCCUUUGUGUAUGCAUUUUUGUAAUUGUUCUGUUAACAUGUUAAGGUUAUUUAAACCCUGCUUAAAUGCUGCUUUCUAAAAAUAACAAAUAUCAACAUAGGUAUUC